AUGGCGGCCUCUGGGAUUUUACGGUCGGACUCGGAGCUGAAGUGCUGUUCAUGGCAGACUCCAUGGUGGACUGCUCGUAAGUUGCGGGCUGGUGCUGGUACAUUACGGGCGGCUGGUGCUGGUACAUUACGGGCGGCUGGUGCUGGUACAUUACGGGCGGCUGGUGCUGGUACAUUACGGGCGGUUGGUGCUGGUUACAUUUACGGUGCUGGUGCUGGUACAUUACGGCGGCUUGGUUGCUGGUACAUAACGGGCGGGUUGUGUGCUGGUACAUAA